AUGACGGCAGCACGGUCCAGCUACAAGCGGCUCGGGGAGUCUGAGCUCAAGGACGCGAUCGAGUCGGACCGGCUGCGCAAAGUUCAGGACGAGGCGAAGAAGCGGGCGAUGUCGCAGCUGUGCGACUACGACACCUUCAAGAACAUGGUCUCCGUCGCGCACCUCGACCCCAUCAACGCCCCAAAAACGCAAGCAAGCGCCGCGCCCGCGCCCGCCAAGACGUUUGCGGCGGACGGCACGCUCGUCCCGACGCGCGGGGACGCCACGGCCGCGGUCCCGGCCGCCGCGCUCAGCGCCGACCAGCUCUCCGCGCCGCGGACCGUCCAGGAGUUCGCGCGUGAUUGGCGGCGUCACUGCAGCACUGUCACGCAACGCGUGUCCUACCUGCGACUGUGCGCGGGGAGCCCGGGGGGCCUCGCGGGGGUGUUCAAGGUCGAGGUGUCCGCGCAGCACAUCGCGGACAUCGCCGGGGCGCUCCUAGACGCGGCGCGGGCCGGCGGCAAUGGCGACGACGACGGCGCGGCCGCGGGGGAGGAUUUCCCGGCGUUCGCGCUCGCGUGCCUGCAGGGCCUGACGCAGGCCGGCCGGUUCAGUUUGAGUUGCAAGUUGGUGCCGAGAGCGGGCAAGGAGGUUGUGGACGAGCUGCUGCGGUGGCUGGGCGGGAGCGGGGUGGAGCAGGCGGAGGUGCGCAAGGUGGCGCAGGCGUUCGGGUCGAAGGCGAUCGAGAGCUAG